AUGUUUCCAAGACCAGACGUCCAAUUGAACUUCAUCAUGUAUUGGCUGCAAACACCCCAAUCGCUAUUGUCCUGCACUACUGCUAUCUACCAGAUCCCCAUGGCUCCAAUCGAAAACCAACAUGUUUUUCGUAUUAGUAAUUGCCUAGAAAAUCUCAAACCAGUGGGUACAGUGACAUUCUAUGAUGUUCCGACAAACGAUUGUGGCUUUGAAGCCAUAAACGUUUCUCGGUCGACUUAUAAGUGGUUUGACGCUGACUACGUAGCUUUCCAUUUUAGAAAAACCAAGCUCAAUCCGAUUUUACGGACUCUCUUAAAAUUGGUCGCUUUAAAGUAUAUCCUGGCAACAUUCCGAAUUGUGCCUGUGGUUCAAAACCCUCCUGUGCAAGUAUGGAAGGUAAGAAUCUACGCUAUACCGCUUGAUAUAGAUGGUGCUAGAUAUAUUCGACUGUGGCGCAACUAUUACAAAGUUGCGCUUACAGCAAAACAGUUUGAAAACUUGUGGUUGGAAUUGAUUGCAGUCAUUGAUUUUUCAGCGGAGUCUUGGAAUACGUCCUCUAACGUGGGUUUUUGUUUAUUGCCCUUUCUAGCUACACAUAAUUCCACAAAGUCGAAUGGCUCUGCACUGGAAAAUCACCAUAUUCAGAGAUGGUUCCGCAGGAAAGGAUAUUUGGCAAGUCCCGAAACACAUGCUUCGUUGGAGUCCUUGGUAGAAUCAGUGUAUGAUCUGCUACAUCUGCCAGAUCUAUCUCCGUAUGAACAAAAGCACACUGGCUCAUCCAAGCUCGGAAUUGCUGUUGCAGAGGACUAUAUUGCCAAAACACUAAAUUCAUACAAAAAUGGAGAGGAUAUCAUCAAGGGUUUGAAGAGUAAACUAUACCCAUUCCAGCUACGAUCUCUUUGUAAGAUGUACGAGAAGGAAACAAUCAAGAAGAAAGAUGUUGUGCCAAACUUUGUGAAACUUACAACUCCUACGGGCCAGCCUUACUAUUAUGAUACCCUUAACCCGGGAAUUUAUGGUCACCCAGAAUUAUACUUCUUACCUUGUGGAGGAAUCCUAGCUGAAAAUAUGGGUUUCGGGAAAACCCUCAUAUGCUUAGCACUUGUUCUAUUCUCUAAACAUGAGGUGUCGAUUGCACUGGCGGACAUGGCCCCAGUUUUGAAUUUCAAUAGCAACAAUGUUCCUACUCUUCAACAAGUAUGUGUCGAAUCUAUAACUAGGAAUUCAUUACCAUGGCAAUAUUACAAAGAUGAGCUUAGCGCUGCAGUCAUUCAAAAGAUUGCUAGUCUGCCUGCCAAGUUUAAAAUUCUCAGAUACGAUGAACCCAAUUCCGCCAAGUUAAGGAGGAGCAGAGUAGUACCUAAUGAACUGGAACUAUAUCUAUGUAGCACAACGCUCAUUAUCACUCCCGAAAAUUUAAUGCACCAGUGGAAUGACGAAGUACGAAAGCACUUUGAUUCUGGGUGUCUCAAAGUCUUGUGUAUCUCUGACCGCUUUAAAGAACAGAUCGUGACCGACAACUCUCUCCACACAAAUACGAUUUCUUCCGUGAAUGCAGUUAUCUCGUACGAUCUAGUAAUUAUAUCGUCACCAUCUCUAACGAGGAACUCGAAAAUUAGGCAUAUUUUGGAACAAGUCUAUUGGAAAAGGCUCAUAGUAGACGAAGGGCAUUCCAUGAACUCAAAAAGUUCUACGCACAGCUCUAAAGUUGCUGCUUUACAUGCGGAAAGACGAUGGGCUGUUACAGGUACACCAACCUCGGGUUUGACGAAUCUUUACAUGAACGAAAAGUCGGAUUCUGCUCAAAAUCCUGAAGCCAUCGAUAGCAGUCAAAAAUUUGUCGUGAAAAGUAAGUUUAAUGCUCGAGAUGACUUAGUCAAAUUAGGGAAUCUUGUUGCACAGUAUUUCAGAAUUGAGCCGUUCCAUACUCAAUCAAAACUAUGGAACUCUUCUAUAAUUCGUGGCUUAAUCGGCACGAGCUCGUUUGCGACCCUGUUGAGCUUAUCUAAUUUGCUCAAUUCUAUUAUGAUAAGACAUUCGCAAAAUGAUAUUGAAAAAGAUUUACAAUUGCCAAAUUUGUUCCACACAGCAACUUUUUUGAAGCCAUCGUAUCAUAAUCGACUUUCUAUCAAUUUAUUCACGGCUGUUCUAGCUGUCAAUGCGAUAUCCUCCGAAAGAGUUGGCCAAGACUAUAUGUUUGAUAUCAAGAACCGUCCUCAAUUGAGACAGUUGAUCCGAAAUUUGCAGUUUGCAUCCUUUUAUUGGACUGGUUUCAGUGUCGAAGAUGCGGAACUACUCACUCAAGUAAUUCAUGAGACUUAUAAGAAGCUUGAGAAGGUCAAAGACGCCAAGAGUGACAUGGACAUGAAAUUACUUCACUCUUCUCUACAAGCUGCACAAGAAGCUCUUUCGAGUGAAAGCUGGAGAAUGGCUUCUCCGAGUCACGAAAUGCAAUAUUUCGUUGAAGAUUUGCCACCAUGGAUUGGAGCAUUAUUAGCCAUUGAUCCUUCCAAAAGUCCUGAUAUUUUUGCGGCUCCUCAUUUGAAAACUGUUCAAAGAUUCUAUUACAAAAACAGAUUUGUCAAUCCUGAAAACAAUCAAAAAUUUAUUGAAGGCUAUCUCAAUGAUGUAAAACAGUUUUGGACACAAUACGAGGAAGCAUCUCUGAAAAAUAGUCAUUCAAAGAUAUCGAACCAAGAAAAAGUUGAUCCGAAAUCUAUUUUGGCUGGCACAAAUGAUGUCCCUCAUUACAAAGAAAAUCACAAAGCACAAGAAUCUCUGAACACAUUCAACACGCUCAAUUCUAAGGAUGCACAUAUUAAUGCGGCCGAUAUGAAAAGGUUUCGAACUGCGCAAUUGCUUGGUACAGCAUCCACGAAGCUUUCCUACUUGAGCUGUAAAUUAGUUGGACACUUUCAAGACGGGAUUAAGUCAAUUGUGUUUUUCGACAAUGAAGACACUGCUUAUUUUCUACUUGAACUGCUUGAAACUCUUGGUGUGCCCUUCAUUUUGUAUGCUCAUUUCAUUGGCACCGAGCAGCGAGCCAACAAUUUAAAAACGUUUGCCAACCAUAACUCAUCAGAGGGUGGUAUCUCUUUGAUCAUGGAUUUAAACUUAGCCUCUCACGGAUUGACUAUCACUUGCGCUACUCAUGUUUAUUUUACUAGUCCUAUAUGGAAGCGCUCUAUUGAAGCCCAGGCGAUCAAGAGAACACAUCGUAUUGGACAAACAAAGGAUGUUCACGUAGAAACUCUUAUUUUAAAAGGAACUUUGGAGGAAAAGAUGUAUUCCAUUAGAUCUAAAAACUCUUCAGACUCUCCGGAGGACAAGCUUUCUUCGUCUUCUGCUGAACCGCAGAGUGUCAUUGACGAUGAUGAUAUCCAGAACUUCAUAAAGGAGUACAAAUUCCUAUCUGCGGACAAUCAUGAAUGUGAAUAUGCUAAAUUUCAAGUAUCUGAUACGAACAAAGCUGAAAAGCGAAGAAACGACAGUUGCGCAGAAGAUGAAUUUUCCCUUCUUGAUCACUUCAGCAAGCUCGAAAAGAUACUGACAGGUACUCCGCUGGAGAACAGUAGGGUUUGGCACAUGAUGUUGUUCAGCAGAGGUAACUUGCAAAACAUAGACGCCGCUGGACGAGAAAAGCUUUCCUCUCACGACCUCAAUUUGGAGCUCGUGAACCCAGUUCAAAAGGAGGUAAUCAGAGAUGAGUCAAACAAACCUCGGAAACGAGUUAAGUUUUGA